UACAAAACUUUCUUGGACAUUUAAAGAAGACUUGAGCUUUAAGGAACUUUGCUGAGUGAGACGGUGGUCUCUGAGGAUGAACAGAAAAGCAAGAAGACGGCCAGCACCAAGAGAAAAGGAUCUCAAGAGCACCAGCAGGAGCAUCAGCCCCAGGCUCAGGAGACGAGAGAGGAGGAGGAGGAGGAGGAAGAAGAAGAGGAAGUGCAGGAGGAGGCUGAGGAGGAGGAGGAGAGGCUCCUUCGUAGUGAGCCAAAGAGACACAGCCAUCAUCACCACCACCAUCACCACCGCUCCAGCACCAGCCGACCAACAGAGCCCCACAACAAACACCAGCAGCCCGCCGACAUGGAGCUGCUUCCUUUUAAAGACACUUCGUCCGCGGAGUUCCGGAGCAGGCGCACACUCCCGGUCGAGGGCGACCCAGACCAAACCGAGGUCUACCACAAUAGGACUACAACUCAAAGGGACCAUAACCACCACCAUCACAACCACCACCACCGACAUCACCACCACCACCGCCGCGGGAUCACGGACGUUCAGCCGGAUUAUUCCCACCACGGGCAGCAGGACUACGAGCUGGAGCACAAUGAGCACAACAGGCAACAGAGACAGUCGAGCCAGCUGCGCUCGCACAAACAAUCGCACCACUAUGCUCACUCGCACCACAAUGACUAUCACUACCAGGGACGGGAGCAGGACAGGUGCGUCGAGACAGAGGAGUGGACUGAAGACAUGUACAUUCAUCGCUGAGAUGGAUGUUGUUUUAAUGCUGCUAUGUGAAAUGCUGGCUACCAUGUACUCAGGACAACAUUUCUCUUUCUUUAUCCGUUCUGCUGCGUUAUCGCCUCCUCUGGUCCACAUCUAAUUUCCUUGAUUUUCAGUUUUCAUUCAUAUAAUUCAGUGUUCCUCGGGCUUUAGGUUUGUGUCUUGCUAUCAGGGCCUGACUACUGCAUUUGUAAAAGAUUUCAGCACAUUGGUCCUUCCAAUCCUGAGUAUGUGGUUACUUUGCUUGUUACUGUUCCCGUUUCCUGAUAUGUACAUAUGCAAACUGGUCACGUCUCAUACUGCUAUGCUCUUACCCAUGUUUAUUUGUCACCCCUGAGAAAGAUAACUGGAUUUUUUAUUUUUUUUUCAGUUGGCCUUUUGUAGAACAUGCUGCCAACACUAGUGGUAGAUAUGAAAAUAUUAAGAAUAUAAUACGGGACUAGCCACACAGAAAUCAUCAUUUUGAUAUUUUCAUGUCUGAGAAAAAAUUGGGAUUAAAUGGGUUAAUUAUGCAUUCACAUUGUGCUGCUAUUGGCUGCAUGAAAUAUUGGCAAACUAAAGAAUUCUCACUUGGGCUUUUCACCUCAAGGAUUGGAAGGUCUGUUUUUUACCAACAUUCA